AUGGUUUUACAGUCGUGGUCAAAGGCAAACUCAAACAACUCAUGGGGUCAAAAUAUCCAGCAGUCAUGGGUCACAUCAAUACUUGCUUUUGGGAUGAUAUCCGGCCUACCGCCAGUUGUCAUGUGGUUUUCGAUCACGUUGGCUCACUUCGAUAGUGACUUCUCUCAAACAUGGGCAACAUGGCACUUAGAAAGGGCCAAGGCAUUUAUAAAUCAUUAUCUUCCAAGACCUAGCUCUAAAGCGUUGAACUUGUAUUUGGCUUGGGUUUUGUUUCAAGCAAUUCUCUAUACUUUCUUGCCAGGCUACGGGACCGGUCAAUUGACACCUGCUGGAAAUCUCUUGAGCUACAAUAUCAAUGGCUUGCUUGCGUGGCAGUUGACUAUCGCUCUGGCAAUAUGUGCUAUGAUCACAGGAUACAUUCACCCAACAAUCAUCGCGGAGAAUUGGGAGGGCUUGCUAAUUUCGGCAAACAUUUAUGAAUACCUCUUAUCUGCUGUGACAGGCUUCGAAGAACUCGAUGAGGUCUUUCGGCCGUGA